GGGUAAGGUGAGCUUGCUUUGUUAGCAUAGCUCUAUCAACGUCACGAUUCGUUUCCUGCACCUACCCUAUUGUGUUGUCUCCCACGGCCCUUCUCUCACCGCUACCUACUACGUCAGUCGAUAAUCCUUCAUCCAUUCAUCGCUUCGAGCUGUUUGCCUUGCCUCAAACAACAACACCUUAGCUCCCUGCGUCAACAACCCCAACACUACAAUGGGUUUCUUCAAUCGCCGCUCGACACCCGUUGACGCCAACACAGCUACAGCAACUGGAAUACCCCACGAAAAGCCAGGCAUCUUCAGUCGGCGUCGUCAUGAUGCCGCUCCUGCUGCCAGUGGAACCCCGGCAUGGAACUCUCGACCAACCUUCGGACAGUGGGUCAAGGCGACGGCGUUGGACAUUGUGACUAUGGCUGUGAUGGGCGCCAUUGGGCUGGGUGUCUACAUGGCAGAUCCGGCGCCGAGCAGGAGUUUCCCGGUGAGUUUCCAGGACGGCGAGAUCAUCUACCCCGAAUUCGCAUACCCGCUUCGAAACGAGAUCGUCCCAAUCUGGGCCGCUGCUCUCAUGGCAUCUCUCAUUCCAAUUGCGGUUUUCUUGAUCUGCCAGAUUCGAGUUCGUAGCUUCUGGGAUGUCAAUAAUGCUACCAUUGGGUUGCUCUACGCCUUGAUUACGGCUGCCGUCUUUCAAGUCUUCAUUAAAUGGCUUAUUGGAGGCCUCCGUCCCCACUUCCUAACCGUCUGCCAACCUGACAUUCCCACCACCGGUCUCCAACAUGGCAACGGCUUCCGACAAAUAAUGUACGACCGCUCCAUCUGCACGGGCGACCGCAAGAAAAUAAACGACUCCCUAGAAUCCAUGCCCUCAGGCCACACUACUGCCGCCUUCGCCGGUUUCGUCUUCCUUUACCUCUACCUCAACGCUAAGCUCAAAGUCUUCGCAAACUACCAUCCUGCUAUGUGGAAACUCAUCGCCAUCUAUGCACCAAUUUUGGGAGCUUGUUUGAUUGGAGGUGCACUCACUAUUGACGAGUUUCAUAAUUGGUAUGAUAUUCUAGCGGGUGCGGUUAUUGGAACCUUGAUGGCUUUUAGUGCGUAUAGGAUGGUGUAUGCGAGUGUUUGGGACUUUAGGUUCAAUCACAUCCCCCUCCUUCGCCACACCCCUUUUAUCUACGGCGCUGGUCCCUCCACCCUCGACGGCUUUCAUGACGCGACCUUCACCCGUAAAGCCGGCUGGGGCACACACGACGGCAGUGCGUGGGCUGGCGCACCCUUUGAUGCCGCUGAUGGUCCGCGAGGCACGAUGGGUCAAGCGGCGGGUGUCCACGGUGCGAGGAAUGGACAUGGUACAAAUGGAGGCAUUGUUGGUAACGGGGGAAGGCAUUCGAUUGAGAGGAGGCCGGUUAACGGGAGUAGGUAUGGUGAGCAUAUGGUUUAAGUGGUGAAGUGAGAUACGGUAGUGAGAUAAGGUAAUGAGUGGAGUGUGAUCUCAGAGAUGAAGGGCUUGUGAAGGCAGCAGGUAAUUUUCGGCGGCUCAUAUGAUAUACUUGUCUCUAGUUCUAAUGGAAACGAAUGAGUCGAGACGGAUGAACAGGACUAAUCCCCUGAAUACAAGCGAGGCAUUACGGGAGGGAUGGUGG